AUGAGAGAAUUCCAGGAUCGACGAGAUCGAACGAGUUGGGCCUGCUCCGUUGUCCCUCAACAUGUCACACAACCCAGCAUAAGCAACAACACACACCACCCUUACCCCGAUCCUGAUCACAGCUCUGAGUCAAAGCCACUCUCACUCACCACAUCAUGCCUUCCAUCUGGGCCCUCUUCUGGUUCACCUCACCUACAAUCCAGUUCACCACACUCCGCCUUGACCCCGUCUUUACCACCGGUUUAUACCGUACAGCGUCAUCAAAAUCGGUUUUUUACUCCAGCUGUUGACUCUCAAGAAACCGCAGACGGCGUGGGUUCCGAGCAGCGGGGUAUCCAAAGCCAAUCAACCUCUGAACACCGUCACCACCAACUUACACCCCUUCCGCAACAAUUCACCAUGAUGUCUGAGACCUGGUAUGGACUUGUACAAACUCCAAGAGAUGCUUAUCUUUUGCUGGAAGCAUGUCGAGUCGGAAAGUUAUAUAGAAUAACACGUCGGCUCACUGAUAUGGAGCGAAGCCAGAUCAUUAGACCAGGUGCAGUUUUUGUGUGGGAGGAGAAGGAGGCGGGGAUCAAGCGUUGGACAGAUCAUGUCAGAUGGAGUCCUUCGCGCGUCUCGGGGGCGUUUUUGAUCUACUCGGAGCUUCUCUCAGCUUCUUCCCGCGACUCGCAAACAAGUAGCGACCCUCUAUUAAAGCAGUCGUUUUCAUCAACAACCUUGGAAGGCGAUAAGCUUCAUCUCAUUGCUUAUUAUUCUAAAGCUGCCCUAGAUUCUGGUACCUUACCCACUCCGACUCUGGACUCCAGGCUAAGCGAGAUGGUCAUCCCACCUGGAAUCUAUCCAGAUCAUCGGGCAACAAGCGGCGUAGAAGAUGAUUCAGUACGGGAGCGACAAAGAAUGAGUCUGUUGGCGCGUCACUCAAAUGCGAGCUUACUUGAGUCCGUUCCAUCGGCCACUUCGGUGGAAUCGACGACCUCCUCGAUUGACGCAGCCGGCCGAAUGCAGCCCAUCACGCCUACUUCUACUGCCACAUCAAUGCCGCUGAGCGAUUUCAGCUUCAGUCACAUAGGCUCAUUACCCGAAUCCAGCACUCAUCGCGCAACGCCAGACGCUAAGAUCUACAUGAGCCAGCCCAAGUACUCACCUUCGAACUUUGUUCCGGCCAUCUACCCCAUCUCUCAUGGCAUCAUUGACAGUAGUCCGUCCUUCAACGACCGCAGCGGCCGAUGGCAAACAUAUCAACCCCCAACAGAUUGGAUCAAUCCGAGCGGAGUGGUUGGUAGUGUUACAGAUCCUCGAAACGGAGGCUACGGACGAUUGCAUAGCUCAGGAGGUUCAACCACAUGGGGUCCCACUCUCCCACCGCUUACCACCUGGCAAGCUGAACCCGAACGUGAACGAGGGGGGCAUGAGCGUCGUUUCUCGACAUCGGGAAUGUUGAGCUCCAGCCUGAAUGGUCAUAGUUUUCAUCCUUAUGCACGCCCACCUGAUUCCGCGCGUGGUAGGUCAAGUGGUAAUCACAAUUAUACUAGUAAAGAAUCAACCGAGCCUACAGAUACGGAAGGUUUAUCUCACGCGCCAUCAAGAACUCCGGGAACACCCAACCGUCGAGGAUAUAACUUACCAUCGAUGAAUCAACAACCUACCCCUCAAUCCUGUGGUUCGAUGGGUCCUCCCCCUUCUACGAAAUCGGACUCGCCAAGCAGUAACGUAGGCCAAUCGCGCCCGGGCAAUGGUUUCUCCAAUUUGAGCCCUCACUUUGGAAGUAAUUGCAAUGUACAGCAACAGCUCGGGAAUGGAUUAUAUCAAGCAAAUACUCCAAGAGAACAAAAUAUUUCAAACAAUUUUCAUAGAACUGAUAGAUUGUCGAACGAUAUUGGGAAUGAAACAACUGUGUCAAAUAACUAUCCAGAUCAUCAACAUCAUCAAAAUAUCCAACCUUCUUCUAAUAUUAAAUCUUCGGAUCAUACUCCAGCGAGUGACACCGCAUCACAACAUGAUGAUAAUCACCAGUCUCUUGUAUCUGAUCAAUACGAAUCAUUUUCCAAAAAUAAAGAAUCUGAUUCCUCAAACUUUGAUUUUGAGGAAGAAGAUUAA